GACGCCCUCGAGCAGUACAUGGCGUCUCCACAUACUCAUGCUGUCAGAGAAGCUGUGAGCGCUGCCGUCCUCACAUAUGAAGAAGCUGAGAGCACUGCCGUCCUCACAUAUGAAGAGGCUAAGCGCACUGCCUUCCAUGAACGUGAAGAAGCUGAGAGGACUGACGUCCACGCUUAUGAAGAAGCUCAGAGCGCUGCCGUCCACGCAUAUGAAGAAGCUGUGAGCGCCGCCGUCCAUCAAUAUCAAGGAAACCGGUCUACUUGGAUGGCGAAGUUGCCGUUCGAGCGCUUCUGGAGGAAGGAGAGGAGGGCAAAAGAAUCUUUUGAACGCUCUCAGGCCAAGAUGAAACAAGAUUUCGAACGUUCUCAGGAGGAAGCGAAACAGGCUUUUGGGCUUUCUCGGGAGAAAGCGAAACAAGCUUUUGAAGCGAGGGCAGAGUUACGACAAAGAAUUCUUCAAAUCGUUUUACAGCAUCGCCUGCUCCGGUUCGAAGUGGAGUCGAGGUGUCUCGGCGGUGAACGCGGGUUUCUUGAAUGUGGUCUGUCGAGGUAGUUUCAGGAGGUGGAAUUGUACGAAAUAGCUGCAUGAUCAUGCAAUCUGGCGUUUUUUCUGGUAUGGGGUAUACGUCUUUGAAUGAUGUCGGUCACCCUGAGCCGAGACGGUGGCAAGACCGAUUGGGCUUGAUUGUCAGUUGUACUCCCAAGUAUCCGUGGUCUGAUUGCAAGU